AUGACUUCGGCCGCUAGAAAGAGAGUACAAGCUCUGUCUGAGCAGCUGGUGAACCGGCCGAGGAGUACGGGUACAUUUGAAGAUAUCCCCAAUAUACCGCGAGUCGCUGGCGAUUCCAAGGGAGCACGAACUAAAGGCAAAGUCGUAAUCAUCACCGGCUGCAACUCGCCACUAGGUAUUGGACGAGCCUCAGCCCACCACUUCGCCAACAAUGAAGCCAAGGCAAUCUUCAUGUGUGAUCUCAACACAGAUCAUCUGGAAACUCACAAGCGGGAGAUCAACUCCCUCUACCCGGGAGUCGACAUCCACCCACGACAGGUUGACGCGGGCGAGGAGAAGGGCGUCGAGGGAGUCGUCAACGAAGCUCUGGAGAAGUACGGCCGUCUGGACAUCUUCUUCGCCAACGCCGGUAUCAGCGUCAACCCCAAGAGCGUCCUGGAUAGUUCAGCAGAGGACUUCAUGGACGUCAUGAAGAUCAACGCAUUGAGCGUCUUCCUCGCCGUCAAACACGGCGCCCGCGGCAUGCUCGAAACCUCCGCAGAAAAGAAAUACCCCGGGGGUUCCAUCGUCGGCGUCGCCUCCUCCGCCGGCAUCCGCUCCAACGCCGGCGCCACAGACUACUCCGCCUCCAAAGCCGCCGUCAUCAGCAUCAUGCAAACCACCUGCUACCAGCUCUCCGGCACGGGCAUCCGCUGCAACGCCAUCUGCCCCGGCAUCAUUGAGACGGGCAUGACGGCGCCCAUGUACGAGUAUGCGCGCAGCAGAGGCACGGAGAAUAAGAUCGGGCAGUUGAAUCCUUUGCAGAGGGGUGGUGUUGCGGAUGAGGUGGCGCGGGUGGCGUUGUUUUUGGGGAGUGAUGAGGCGAGUUAUGUCAAUGGGCAGGCUUGGGCGGUUUGUGGUGGGCUUACGGCGGGGCAUCCUUUCGUGCCGGGGAAGUUGGCGUAG